AUGUCAAUUCCCGAGCUUAGUGCGAUUUUGGAGAAAGGAAUCAAACACGGAACUCAUCUGCUAUCUCGAUUGGCUCAUUUCCGCCAAAGAAGACGUUUAUUAUUUUUUCUACUGUCCUCCUCCGUCAGCAUAGCCUGUAUUUUGAUAGGAAUGCGCGUAUCCGGUCUUAUUGUAACCUACACGUUAAUGAAUUUGGCUUUAAUUUUGCCGUCAGCAAUACAUCACGGUAUUUUCAUGCGUGCUUGGUUAGAAUUGAAGCCAUAUAUUGCCAAAUUGGAGGAUGAAUUCGAUAGGCGACAACUAGAGGAGCCAUCAAAAAGGGAGGCCGAAGAGGCCGAAUUCUGGGAGCCAAUUGCAAAAGUAUAUCAGCUCACUUAG